UUACCCUUGACUCGACUCGGCUAGCAACAAACUUUAAUCGAGCGCGCGGAAAUUGAAACGAGAACUUCUCUAACAAAAAUGAGUGCUGCACCCAAAUUGAAGAGAAAGAAGAAGGUGAAAUUUUGCCCCAACCCUCUUUUCGUCCAGUGGCUGACUGAAUGGCGAGAUGCAGCCGCCGAAAAAGGGAUCAAAACCCAAUAUGCGUACGGCAAGGCGUUGGUUGCACUGAAGAAGUACCCUCUUCCGUUCCAGUCUGGCAAAGCUGCGAAGAUCCUGGACAACUUUGGAGACAAAAUUUGCAGCAUGCUGGAUAAGAAGUUGGAAGAACAUUUAGCAAACGAAGCUGAAAGUUCCUCAACAGCGGUUGAUGUAGAUGAUGACAGUGACGAAAUAGCUGUGUGUUCUCCUGUGGGGAUGCAAUUCAAUGAAACCAUGAAUGGGAGCACAAGGAAAAGGAAGCAAGCGUCUCCCAGAAGUGCUACUAAGCGAGUCAGGGAGUACAUACCCCUCGACAGGUCUGGUCCGUACAGCUUGAUUCUCACACUCUACAGAAACCACACAAGGCCAGGAAGUAAGGGAUUCAUGCACAAAACUGAGUUACAAGAUGCAGCUCAACCGUUGUGUGACAAAUCUAUGAAGAUGCCUGAUCCUGGAGGUCAUUAUACUGCAUGGUCAUCUAUGAGCACCCUCGUCACCAAGGGAUACGUGUAUAAGGAAGGUAGUCCAGCAAGGUACGUGAUAACAGAGUCCGGAUGUGAACUGGCACACAAGUUGGAAGCCACCACAGGGCAACACCCUAUCACAGAUCAUCUGCCUAGGAUGGCGUCCUUGGAUAACACCAUACCGGUAGCUCAGGAAGAUCAGAGGUCAGAGGUGACAUCAAGGAGAUCAGCUCUUGAGAUUCCCAACUACUGGUACAUUGAUGACAGGGGGCGAGAAGUGACAUUAAAAGACAGAGCAGCUGUCACCGUAAAUGAUGAUGGAGUUGGCUUCUUGAUCAAGUGUUCUGAAGCCUCAUUACGGUCCUGCUCGUUGCGCUAUAAGAUCGACAGAGGAAGGACCGCACCACCAGGAUCCUGCUAUGCCUACCUGCACAAUGAUGACGCCUCUGAAGUUUGUCCAGCAUCCAAGAGCUCACCGCCGGCAAACGGAGAACACGAUGGAGCUGUAGAGAUAUCCAAGAAGACAUCCCAUAGCCACUCAAACUCUAGAUCAACAAACUCAUCGUAUGUUCCUUCUACAAACUCAUCGUAUGUUCCUUCUACACAUCCCACCAGUAGCUCAUUCACAGCCGUGCCAAAAAGCAGACAUGGAAUGGAUUCAGAUGAUAUGACAACAAGCGCCCCUGGAUCAGAGAGGACUGGUAGUAGCACCACACCCACUCCUGUGUUCAGUCUCAGACCCGGCCAGUUUGAUGUCAUCCUGUGUGUGGAUAACUGUGAAACAACAGGGAUCGGUGGAAAGGAGAAGGGCAGGAAGCACGUCCUUCUGAAAGAGUUGCAGAAGAACGGCGUGAAUCUCGACGUGAGAAAGCUCCAAGUCGGUGACUUCCUAUGGGUGGCCAGGGAGAAGGGCAGCGCUGUUCCAGGAUUGCUCCAGAUGCCUCGGAGAAGAGAGGCGGUUCUUGAUUACGUGGUGGAGCGCAAGAGAAUGGACGAUCUCUGCUCCAGCAUCCAAGAUGGACGAUUCAAAGAACAGAAGUUUCGUCUUAAGCAGUGUGGUCUAGGUCACCCUGUCUAUCUUGUGGAAGACUUUGGUUCCACAGAUCACAUGUCACUUCCAGCUGCUACUAUGCUUCAGUCUGUUGUCAAUACACAGGUGAUUGAUAAUUUCUUUGUGAAGAAUACCAGAGACAGUAAGGAAUCGGCUGCCUACCUCACCAUCAUGACCAGAUACCUUAACAGCCUCUACUCGGAUAAGACAAUAAAAGCGUACAGUAGAGAGGAUAUGGACAAGCUUACAGGCUCAACCGAUUUGAACUCUCCUCAACAACGCUGCCUCUCAUUCCGAGAGUUUAACGAAUCAUCGGUCAAAAAUAAGGAAAUGACGGUAACCGAGACAUUUGCAAAGCAGCUCUUGCAGUUCGGCGGCAUGUCAGCAGAAAAGGCAUUGGCUCUCACACAGAUUUACCAGACACCGUCCGAUCUCAUUAGGGCCUAUGAAACAUGCAGUCUUCCAUCAGAUCAAGAGAAAAUGUUGGCCAAAGUCAAGUAUGGACAGUCACAGAGGAACAUGGGGCCUGCAUUGAGUAAAGUGGUCUAUCAGCUGUAUCGCUCAUCAAAUGCUUUGACGUGAGAAUGCUAUUGCUGACUCUUAAAGCCCCUCUGCACUAGUGUUGCCAGGAGGGAUUAGACCUCCUUGCAUGG